GCAUGUUUGACAGAGACAACUCUGGCACAAUCAACUUUCAGGAGUUCAUGUCCCUGUGGAAGUACGUGACAGACUGGCAGAACUGCUUCCGUUCCUAUGACAGGGAUAACUCUGGGUCAAUAGACAAAAACGAGCUGAAAACCGCACUGACUGGCUUUGGUUAUCGUCUCUCAGAUCGAUUUUACGACAUCCUUAUAAAGAAAUUUGACCGGCAGGGACGGGGCACCAUAGCAUUUGAUGACUUUGUCCAGUGCGCGGUUGUCUUGCAGACAUUGACAAGUUCUUUCCGUGCAUUCGACACUGAUCAGGAUGGAUGGAUACAGAUCUCGUACGAACAGUUUCUGACUCUAGUCUUCAGCUUGAGGAGUUAA